CACACACACACACACACACACACACUCACACACACACACAUACACAGCAGCCGCUACAGGGAAGAUGGAGGAUGGUGUGGCGGUGGCGGAGCGGACCUCCAGCCUGCAGCAACAUCGCUGCUGAACGCAGGUUGGACUUGUGAAGAAAAACAUCCCAGAAUCUACUGCUGUCAAUGUACACCUGAUAACAUAAGGCUCUUCCCAGCAUCCUUUGCCUUGACCUCAUAGACGUGCCUGCUGAUGACGGACUCCUAAAACCUUUUACUGACACACUUCAACCAACCAGAACCACUCAGCCAUGAACCCCCAGGAGACAGAGCUUGGCCAGGAGGUUAUGGAGGAGACCAAUGCCCCUCUUCGCCAUCGCCACAACAACCACAACAGCCGGUCCCGUAACCACAGCAACCAGGAAAAGCGCUACAGACGCGUUGAAGCUCCUGCUGGAGGAAGUUCUGGGAGCAGAGCGAGGGUGCCACAGCAGAGCAGGCCACAGGAGGAGCAAGACAUGGAGCUGCAACAUGGAGCUCAGUCUCCUCAGCCCCAGCAGCCUCAGCAGCCUCAGCAGCCCCAGCAGCCCCAGCCCAUUCCCCGACCCGCAGUGACACGCUAUCGCCGACAGGGGGACAGCGAUGCCCGGAUCAGAGCCCAGCAGCAGAGGCACAGACAGAGGCAGCAGAGAGAGGCUGAGAGAGCACAACAACAGGAGAAGCAGCACCGCGCAGAGAUGACCCAGGAAGAUGAACGAGAGAGGGACGAUUCAGUGCUUGCCCGCUCAGCAAGCACAGAGAGCGGGUUCCACACCCAUACGGACCGGGCUGAGGGGGACGAUGGUCUGGUGAUGAUGUCUCUGGAGCCUGAGGGGCAGCCACAGGCAGAGGACGAUGCGGGGAACUACGACGUCCAGCUACGGCCAGAGGCAGAGGGAUACUCUGAGAGUGCCGAGGCUGAACAGCAACAUCUCCAUCCAGAUCCUAACUAUCCUCCUCAGCCCCCGCCAUUGCCAUGUGAACCCAUGCCUGAUAUCCAAAGCCCCCAGAUACAGGAUGAAGCAGAGGAGAUGCUGAAUGCUGGCUACUCCAACUACGUCUGCUCUGAGCCCCUCAGCCACUCCAGUGGAAGGGCCGACGUGUUGGCCGGUCAGAGCUUGGACAGUUUAGACGCUGUUCAUGCGGACGAAGCCUAUUCCGAGCCAUAUGACAUUUACUCACUCUCUGAGCAUGUUUACGAGGAAAUCUGCGAUGCUCCCGCAUUAGUUUCAUCUGCUGCAGACGGGGCUGAAGACAUAGAGUCACUCCAACAGAGGCGGGCUGGCUUUCAGCUGUUGGAGGGUCGGGCGGGAGGAGGAGACUACCAUCAGCAGGAAGCAGUGGGCUCCCGUCUGCGCCACUACGACGAACGCUCAGAUGGCGAGUCAGACAGCCCAGAGAAGGAGGCUGAGUUUGCACCAUACCCACGCGCCGACAGUUGCGACCAGGAGGAGGACAUUGACAGCAUUGUGGCUGAGGUCAAAGAAAGCCUAAGCUCUCAGAGUCUUCAUCGUGCUAUGGAAGACACCAUAGAUGAAGAAAAUGAGUUACAGCAGGGAGAAGAAAACGCCCAAGCUGAGUCCCAAACCGACUCUGACGAAAACCACAAAGCUGCCAACCCAGGGCCAGACAUAAAAGAAGCUGCAAGUCCUUCAGAGGAGCCGGUAGCAGUGAAGAACAGUCAGGAGAAGAGGGACGCCAUCUCCCUGGCCAUCAAGGACAUAAAGGAGGCAAUAGAGGAGGUGAAGACCAGAACAGUGAGAUCUCCAUACACACCUGAUGAGCCCAAGGAGCCCAUUUGGGUAAUGAGGCAGGACCUGAGCCCCACUGCAGAGUGUGACCUACUGGCAUCGCUGGAGGGGGAUUCUCCUGGUUCAGACUCGCCCUCUCCUCCAGGAGCAGAGUCCUCCAGCAGACACCUGCUGCAGGACGACAGCUUUGAAUCCUCUCCCUCCAGUAAAGAGUCCAGGAGAAGCCUUGCAUCUUUCCCCACUUAUGUAGAAGUCCCAGGCCCAUGUGACCCAGAGGACCUGAUUGAUGGGAUCAUCUUUGCAGCCAACUACCUGGGCUCCACCCAGCUGCUGUCGGAUAAGACACCGUCCAAGAACAUCCGCAUGAUGCAGGCACAGGAGGCCGUCAGCCGCAUCAAGACGGCCCAGAAAUUAGCCCAGAACAGAAAGAAGGCCCCUGAGGGAGAGCCUCAGCCCAUGACAGAGGUGGAUCUCUUCAUCUCCACCCAGAGAAUCAAAGUGCUCAACGCGGACUCCCAGGAGACCAUGAUGGACCACCCUUUGCGGACCAUCUCCUACAUUGCUGACAUUGGCAACAUUGUGGUUCUGAUGGCCCGGCGCAGGAUGCCUCGACCCGACUCUCAGGAGAACUUGGAGGCCUCAGAUCCAGGUCAAGACAGCAAGCGGCAGUACAAGAUGAUAUGCCACGUGUUUGAGUCUGAGGAUGCCCAGUUGAUUGCCCAAUCCAUCGGGCAGGCCUUCAGUGUGGCUUACCAGGAAUUCUUACGGGCCAACGGCAUUAACCCCGAGGACCUGAGCCAGAAGGAGUACAGUGACCUGCUCAACACUCAGGACAUGUACAAUGAUGACCUCAUCCACUUCUCCAAGUCUGAGAACUGCAAAGACGUGUUCAUAGAGAAAGCUAAGGGGGAGAUUCUGGGUUUGGUCAUAGUGGAGAGUGGCUGGGGCUCCAUCCUGCCCACUGUCAUCAUUGCCAACAUGAUGCAUGCUGGGCCGGCUGAGAAGUCUGGCAGACUGAACAUAGGAGACCAGAUCAUGUCCAUUAAUGGGACUAGUCUGGUGGGACUGCCACUGUCCACCUGCCAGAGCAUCAUCAAGGGUCUGAAGAACCAGUCUGGGAUCAAGCUAAACAUUGUCAGAUGUCCCCCAGUGACCACUGUACUCAUCAGACGGCCAGACCUCCGCUACCAGCUGGGCUUCAGCGUCCAGAAUGGAAUUAUCUGUAGCCUUAUGCGUGGUGGCAUCGCUGAGCGGGGCGGGGUCAGAGUGGGUCACCGCAUCAUCGAGAUCAACAGCCAGAGCGUGGUGGCCACGCCCCAUGAAAGAAUAGUCCACAUUCUGUCCAAUGCUGUGGGAGAAAUCCACAUGAAGACGAUGCCUGCAGCCAUGUACCGCCUGCUGACCGCCCAGGAGCAGCCUGUUUACAUUUAACAAGACAAAGCCCUGACCUCACACACCCUUUAAACUCCCGUCUGCCCAGCGCUCAUCCUGUCCCCUUCUAGUCACAGCUGAUGGACUAUAGUAAGUUGUUAGUAGGGUGGUCUGUUGCUCAGCCUCGUCUUCAAGUGACAACAACAUAGAAACCCAUAUUAUCCCUCUGUUGUCACUAAAAGAUUUGUUUUCUUACUUUUGGCUAAAUGUACAAUUGGUGAAAGAUGUUUACACAUGAUGCAUUUUCUGCGCCUAGUAGUGCCCCAGAAUCCUAAAAUGUUCUUCCUGGUUCACAGUUGAUGUUUUAAACUCAACACGUUUCACAACUUUCAAACUUGGGAGCUCUAUAACAAUUCCUAAGUGUAUCUUUAAUGUUCAGUUUAGGCCACUAAGACAGUUUGGUGACACAUUUGGACAUUGUUAAAUAAGAAAAAUUAGAACUUCCCAAACACUAGUAACCUUAUUUUUAAUGAUCCGCAACUGAACCCUGAUUGUGGACUCAAAGGCAACCUGCACAUGCAACCCUGACUGUACUUUCUGCCACGCUGCUAUCUCACUGGCAGAACACUGCCUGUGUCUUCAUAUAUUUCCUCCACCAAAUCAUUUAUGCAAGAUAAUGUUUUGGGUUUUUCUUUUCAGUUUUUUAUGUUGUAGCUACAUUUCAUGGGACCAAGCUGGAGUCUGCUACUGUAAUCCACUCCACAUACUGUACCCUGGUGUUCUUUGCACAACACAGAGCUCUCCUCGGAGGGAGUAUGUGAACCUUGCUGACAGAUGUGUGUGAACACACACUCCCCCUCUUCACAUUCCACAUGUUUACUUGUAGAAGAGUUGACGCUGCAGCUUCAUUUUGCACUUCACAUUUCCAACAGCAAAGCUUUCCGACUCUACUGUCGUCCCUUGUUACAGUAGUUCAUGUGUUUCUGUUCCCUUUGUUUAAUUGCUGUACCAUCUGUACAUAGCACCAGCAGUAGCUCCGUCAGCAGGUAAUAACAAACUAACUAAACUAAUACCCCUCUUCAACCAGCCUGUGCACCCAUGGCAGCGUUACACCACCUGAUGCCCUACCAUGUCCCUGUGUCAAGGUGUUUGCACGAGGCGCAGGGAUGGAAUGUGAGUCUAAAUACCCCCAGGCACAGAACUUGUAUCCCUUUAGUCCCCUUAAACUGAAACACAGAAACUCCUAAUGUAAUGUUAAAACAGUAGCUGGAAAUCAAGUCUUUUUCAUUUGGAUGCAAUAGGAAAAUGUAUUUUGUUCAUUGCUAGUUGGAUAAUGUAACCCAAAAGAAUGGAGUAGUAAGUAGAGUAGUGGAGUGGGCUCGUAUGUGGAUGCACCGUACAGCGUGGUGUACGUGUGUAUAUUGCUUAACACUGCAGGGUGUUGUGAGCUCUGCUGAGGGUAAGUGACAGUAGCUGAAAGUAACAAUCCCAAAGAUCUCCGUUUCACAGACAUUUAUUUAAAUGACAAUCUUCCAGCAAAGUAGAUCCGGAGUGAACUCAGUAAGAGAAGCAGAGCAGCGGCUUGAAUUAGUGCUGUGGAAGCAAACGGGGAAGUGUUGAGUUUGCAUUCACAGGAAAAUAAAAGGGCAGCAGAUCAGGAAACAUGGAGGCUUCUCAACAAAAUAUAAUGAAAUAUAAUUAUAAAACUAUUAAUGAAUACUCUAAUGUGAUCCUAAGAUGAUGAAUAUUUUAGAAUGUCCAGUAACAAACAAACACUACUUGAGCCCAGGAGCAGCCUUCAUCAAACCUUUAAAGUCAUAACAAGAAACAGUGUCGUGUUUCUGUUGAUACAUGUUCCAUCCAUAUAAUAAUGAAUAAUGCCAGAGAGACAUUUACCAUCAUUAUAUCACCAAAGACAUCCCCCACACACCUUUGUAUAUGUAGCAUCGUUUAAUACCCACAUUUGUGUUAGCUGAGUUUUAUUACGAGUGUAACGUGACAUUUUUACAGUUUUUAAAUGUGAUGAAUGAUAAUAAUUCAGUCAUGUUGAGAUAACUAUGGGACGAGACAGUGGAAAGGAACUAUAUUAUCAGGCUUAUUACACUAUUUUGAGUUAUGAAGGGGAUAGUUGUCACCCAAUUCAAUUUAGUUUCCACUAAAAACCUCAGACAUAGCUGGGGGGGGCACCACUGUAUGUGUUCCACUCUGUCUUCAGAUCAAGUCACUUUUCUGUUCCUGCAAUGCAAACUGUUCACGGCUUCAACUCAUCCAAAGUGCAUUGGUUUACGUCUUUAUUUUAUUAACAAACCCAACACAUGAUAAGUUUAUUCAUAUUUUUUCUUCUACAAAAUCAGCUUUAAAAAAAAACCAAUGUAUUAGUGGAAAUCAGUGUCUGCCUCUAAAAAGUCAAAUCUAAAAACAAAGGUUCUGCUGGGGAACCUGGUCCACAGGCAGAAACCUUAAUGAGCUUAAACAUGUGAACACAGCAGCAUGGACUUGUCAAAAUGUUGUGGGUAUUCUUCACUAUCUACUCAUUGAUUUUCAAUAGCAAAAGUGCUGAGACCACAUGAAGUAAGAAGGUCUGUCCUGCCGGUGCUCUUGUGGAGAAGAUAUGGGUAAACUAUGUUACAGCUGUUGAAGUGAAUGUCUUUAAUGUGCACUCUUGAAGAUGUGUGUUUACAACUAAAACAGAUACAAGCACCUUUACAACGGCUUUACUUGUACUGCAGAAGGUUCUCUACAUCAUCAUGAACCAGGAGGUCAAUUAUAAACCUUAGAAAGAUCUUAGUCUGUAGCCCACUCGCACAUCGCAGAUUGUUAAACUUGCCUUCCAUGCCACCUGAUUAACAGGUUGAUUGUCAUUGGCUAAGAAUGUUCAUGUGGCUCAGGUUCUGCACAUGUAUCAUUAUCACAUCACAUUGAGUGUCAAAUCUUUAAUAGGAAGAAAAGUGGUUCAUAUGUUAUUGCAGUCACAAACGAUGUCUCCGAGGCAUUGUGCUUCAUGUCAAACUGAUUGAAAUCAAUACGGACAGAGCUUGUAAGAUAUAGAAAAUAUCUGUAAAUGUCAUGUUGACUCAAGUAACGUUAGUUUGUGAGUGAAAAAAUAUAUUUGUUAUUUUAUUUGUAAGAUGCAAAUCAAACUUCUGAAUCCUAUUUAAUUUAUGGCUCAAAUUGUUGAUUGAAGUGUUUAGUUAAACACGACUAAUCCCAAACACUGCAGUACAGCUGUCCUUUUAAAAUGUAGCCAAUCAACGGAAUGUUUUUAUGUCUUUUGGACAGCAGCAGGUUAUUUUCCUUUUCUUUCACCAGUUUUUAAUUUGUGAGGCUGUUACAGGGGUGUAUGCAUGUACAACUAACCCAGUCUGAAUAUGCAUGGACUAAUGGUGUGCACUAAGGCUUACUGGGUUUUCUUUACAAUAUGGCAGUCAAGUCAACAAGGAUUGUUUUGUGGUCAUGAUUAAGUUAUAACUGAUGUUUAAAGUGAUAAACAACUCAUUGAAAUUAAGACCUCUACAUUCAGA